AGAAAAGGGAGAAAGACCACCCAAUAAGUACGGAAAUGACGCCUUGGAGACAUUAUUGGGAUAUUGAACCGCAGUCAUUGUAGAUGUAUACAAGGUAUUUAUCCAGGCUCUUCUCAGCUAUGGCAGGACCCAGGCCAGUGGUGCUGAGUGGCCCGUCGGGGGCUGGGAAGAGCACGCUGCUCAAGAAGCUGCUCAAGGAGUACGAGGGCAUCUUUGGCUUCAGCGUCUCACACACAACAAGGAGCCCUCGUCCUGGUGAAGAGAACGGUAAAGAUUACCAUUAUGUUACAAGGGAGUAUAUGCAGGCUAGCAUCGACAAAGGGGAGUUCAUUGAGAGCGCGGUGUUUUCCGGGAACAUGUACGGGACGAGCAGGGCCUCCGUGCAGGACGUCAAGGACAAGAACCUGAUCUGCGUCCUGGACAUCGACAUGCAGGGCGUUAGGGCGGUCAAGACGACAGACCUCAACCCCAUCUACAUCUUCAUCCAACCCCCGUCCAUGAGCAUCCUGGAGAAACGUUUAAGAGACCGAGAGACUGAGUCAGAGGAGAGCCUCCAGAAACGUUUGCAUGCUGCCCAGGUGGACAUGGUGAAAAGCAAAGAUCCUGGCAUAUUUGACGUUAUCAUUGUCAAUGACAGUCUUGACGAUGCCUAUGGGAAGUUGAAAGACACUCUUAUUGAGGAAAUCAAAAAAGUCCAGAAAACCAACCUGUCCUCUUAAGCGAUGAGAAGCAUGACAUCCAUCCCAGCCAUCCUGGCCACUCCUGACAAAAUGUCAGCCCCUCUAUUCCAAUCCUGAACUUUCUGUCAGAUACUGGUGUGGGAAGGAACUCCAGACUACAUCCCUUGCACCUAGACUUUUCAGUGUGCACUAAGAUCUAGCCUAUGUUUUUACAUAUUGGGAGGAUAUAGGUAGGUAUUAAGAUGAUUAAAAACUGUAAGUAGAAGUGGACUAUUUAGCUUUAUUUACUAAUUUGGCACAGUUUUAUUAUUAUUUUUGUCCACAAAGAAAAACACUCCAUUAAUGGUUAACCUGUGAUUGAGAUGGUCCCUAAUGUUUUUCUUCUAUGUUUACUGCAUACAGGAGUUUCUGCCAUUUGUUUUCUUCUCUUCUGCCCAUUUAGUAGUAUUAUACCCCCAAAGCAUUAACUAUGUUCUCUCUGCUCUUCAACAACAGAAGGCCAUAAUAACAAGACUCAUUCCCACUAAUGGCAGUGUUGUAGUACUCGAGACCACAUUGAGUGUCUCGGUCUUGUCUCAGUGUUGGAUACAUUUGUACUCGGUCUUAACUCAGUCUGGGACCAGCCGAGAUCAGCAGAGUAAAACAACUCCUAAUUACCAGCUUCCAUUCAGUCAGAGCAUAAAACUGCUUCUCCAGGCCAAUUAUAUACAGUCCUUUCUUGAAACAUAAAUACCUUAACAGCUUUUAUAUCUAGUAUAGACAUGUUUUCUCAGUGGUGAACCUGUAGGCCUUCAGUGUGUGUGUGUGACAGGUUAGUACAGUGGUGAACCUAUAGGCCUUCAAUGUGUGACAGGUUAGUACAGUGGUGAACCUAUAGGCCUUCAAUGUGUGACAGGUUAGUACAGUGGUGAACCUAUAGGUCUUCAGUGUGUGUGUGACAGGUUAGUACAGUGGUGAACCUAUAGGCCUUCAGUGUGUGACAGGUUAGUACAGUGGUGAACCUAUAGGCUUUCAGUGUGUGACAGGUUAGUACAGUGGUGAACCUAUAGGUCUUUAGUGUGUGACAGGUUAGUACAGUGGUGAACCUAUAGGUCUUUAGUGUGUGACAGGUUAGUACAGUGGUGAACCUAUAGGUCUUCAGUGUGUGACAGGUUAGUACAGUGGUGACCCUAUAGGUCUUUAGUGUGUGACAGGUUAGUACAGUGGUGAACCUAUAGGUCUUCAGUGUGUGACAGGUUAGUACAGUGGUGACCCUAUAGGUCUUUAGUGUGUGACAGGUUAGUACAGUGGUGAACCUAUAGGACUUCAGUGUGUAACAGGUUAGUACAGUGGUGACCCUAUAGGUCUUUAGUGUGUGACAGGUUAGUACAGUGGUGAACCUAUAGGACUUCAGUGUGUAACAGGUUAGUACAGUGGUGACCCUAUAGGUCUUUAGUGUGUGACAGGUUAGUACAGUGGUGACCCUAUAGGUCUUUAGUGUGUAACAGGUUAGUACAGUGGUGACCCUAUAGGUCUUUAGUGUGUAACAGGUUAGUACAGUGGUGAACCUAUAGGACUUCAGUGUGUAACAGGUUAGUACAGUGGUGACCCUAUAGGUCUUUAGUGUGUGACAGGUUAGUACAGUGGUGAACCUAUAGGUCUUCAGUGUGUAACAGGUUAAUACAGUGGUGAACCUAUAGGACUUCAGUGUGUAACAGGUUAGUACAGUGGUGACCCUAUAGGUCUUUAGUGUGUGACAGGUUAGUACAGUGGUGAACCUAUAGGUCUUCAGUGUGUAACAGGUUAAUACAGUGGUGAACCUAUAGGUCUUCAGUGUGUGACAGGUUAGUACAGUGGUGAACCUAUAGGUCUUCAGUGUGUGACAGGUUAGUACUGUGGUGAACCUAUAGGUCUUCAGUGUGACAGGUUAGUACAGUGGUGAACCUAUAGGCCUUCAGUGUGUGACAGGUUAGUACAGUGGUGAACCUAUAGGUCUUUAGUGUGUGACAGGUUAGUACUGUGGUGAACCUAUAGGUCUUUAGUGUGUGACAGGUUAGUGCAGUGGUGAACCUAUAGGUCUUCAGUGUGAGACAGGUUAGUACAGUGGUGAACCUAUAGGUCUUUAGUGUGUGACAGGUUAGUACAGUGGUGAACCUAUAGGUCUUCAGUGUGAGACAGGUUAGUACAGUGGUGAACCUAUAGGUCUUUAGUGUGUGACAGGUUAGUACUGUGGUGAACCUAUAGGUCUUUAGUGUGUGACAGGUUAGUACAGUGGUGAACCUAUAGGACUUCAGUGUGUAACAGGUUAAUACAGUGGUGAACCUAUAGGUCUUUAGUGUGUAACAGGUUAAUACAGUGGUGACCCUAUAGGUCUUUAGUGUGUGACAGGUUAGUACAGUGGUGAACCUAUAGGACUUCAGUGUGUAACAGGUUAAUACAGUGGUGAACCUAUAGGACUUCAGUGUGACAGGUUAGUACUGUGGUGAACCUAUAGGUCUUUAGUGUGUGACAGGUUAGUACAGUGGUGAACCUAUAGGUCUUCAGUGUGAGACAGGUUAGUACAGUGGUGAACCUAUAGGUCUUUAGUGUGUGACAGGUUAGUACUGUGGUGAACCUAUAGGUCUUUAGUGUGUGACAGGUUAGUACUGUGGUGAACCUAUAGGUCUUUAGUGUGUGACAGGUUAGUACAGUGGUGAACCUAUAGGACUUCAGUGUGUAACAGGUUAAUACAGUGGUGAACCUAUAGGUCUUUAGUGUGUAACAGGUUAAUACAGUGGUGACCCUAUAGGUCUUUAGUGUGUGACAGGUUAGUACAGUGGUGAACCUAUAGGACUUCAGUGUGUAACAGGUUAAUACAGUGGUGAACCUAUAGGACUUCAGUGUGACAGGUUAGUACAGUGGUGAACCUAUAGGCCUUCAGUGUGUAACAGGUUAGUACAGUGGUGAACCUAUAGGUCUUUAGUGUGUGACAGGUUAGUACAGUGGUGAACCUAUAGGUCUUUAGUGUGUGACAGGUUAGUACAGUGGUGAACCUAUAGGUCUUUAGUGUGUGACAGGUUAGUACAGUGGUGAACCUAUAGGUCUUUAGUGUGUGACAGGUUAGUACAGUGGUGAACCUAUAGGUCUUUAGUGUGUGACAGGUUAGUACAGUGGUGAACCUAUAGGUCUUUAGUGUGUGACAGGUUAGUACAGUGGUGAACCUAUAGGUCUUUAGUGUGUGACAGGUUAGUACAGUGGUGAACCUAUAGGCCUUCAGUGUGUAACAGGUUAGUACAGUGGUGAACCUAUAGGUCUUUAGUGUGUGACAGGUUAGUACAGUGGUGAACCUAUAGGUCUUUAGUGUGUGACAGGUUAGUACAGUGGUGACCCUAUAGGUCUUUAGUGUGUAACAGGUUAGUACAGUGGUGACCCUAUAGGUCUUUAGUGUGUAACAGGUUAGUACAGUGGUGACCCUAUAGGUCUUUAGUGUGUGACAGGUUAGUACAGUGGUGAACCUAUAGGUCUUUAGUGUGUGACAGGUUAGUACAGUGGUGAACCUAUAGGUCUUCAGUGUGUAACAGGUUAAUACAGUGGUGAACCUAUAGGUCUUCAGUGUGUGACAGGUUAGUACUGUGGUGAACCUAUAGGUCUUCAGUGUGAGACAGGUUAGUACAGUGGUGAACCUAUAGGUCUUUAGUGUGUGACAGGUUAGUACAGUGGUGAACCUAUAGGUCUUUAGUGUGUGACAGGUUAGUACUGUGGUGAACCUAUAGGUCUUUAGUGUGUGACAGGUUAGUACAGUGGUGAACCUAUAGGUCUUCAGUGUGAGACAGGUUAGUACAGUGGUGAACCUAUAGGUCUUUAGUGUGUGACAGGUUAGUACAGUGGUGAACCUAUAGGUCUUCAGUGUGAGACAGGUUAGUACAGUGGUGAACCUAUAGGUCUUUAGUGUGUGACAGGUUAGUACUGUGGUGAACCUAUAGGUCUUUAGUGUGUGACAGGUUAGUACAGUGGUGAACCUAUAGGACUUCAGUGUGUAACAGGUUAAUACAGUGGUGAACCUAUAGGUCUUUAGUGUGUAACAGGUUAAUACAGUGGUGACCCUAUAGGUCUUUAGUGUGUGACAGGUUAGUACAGUGGUGAACCUAUAGGACUUCAGUGUGACAGGUUAGUACAGUGGUGAACCUAUAGGCCUUCAGUGUGUGACAGGUUAGUACAGUGGUGAACCUAUAGGCCUUCAGUGUGACAGGUUAGUACAGUGGUGAACCUAUAUGCUUUCAGUGUGUGACAGGUUAGUACAGUGGUGAACCUAUAGGCUUUCGGUGUGUGACAUGUUUGUGAUUCUGAAAGGACAGCAACCAUAAUACCAGCACACUCAUGUAUGAGAGUGCACUUUUUGUAAAACACAAUAUGUAGCAAGCUAAAAAACCUGAGCCUAACGUUAGCUAGAUAGCUACACUAACUAGCUGUUGACUGACUAACUUUUCCCCCUCAUCGUUUUUCGGUGGCUAUACACAGCUAGAGAUGCAGGUAUCAUUUGGUUAGCUAGCAAGAACUUGAACAACCGUGUUCGAAAAUUAAUUCUGGCAAAUGGCUCGUUUGUUUAAAGGCCUACCGUGGCUCUGAUUGGCUAUAGCGCACCGGUCUGUGUAGACUCCGAUCCUGGACAUUUACAUUACAUUUAAGUCAUUUAGCAGACGCUCUUAUACAAGACAGAUGUUUUUAUUCUGUUUAAUUUAUGGUUUUAUUUACUGCAGUGUCUUAAUUGUCUAAACACACGGCUGCUUUCCCACUCUAUAUUGCUAUGGAAUUUUCACAAAUGCCUUAGUAUACGUAAUUCCCAAACAUUCUAAGAAUUUAUGAAAAAGUGAAAAUGACCAUAGUGGUUGCUUUAGGAAGAUUUCAUGUUCCUAAAAUGCUAUCAGUUCCACACUUGCAUUUUUCUGGUCUUGACUCUGUCUCGGACCCCUUGUCCCCCUCCCGGUCUUGACUCAGUCCUCAACAUAGGGCAGCUAACAAACAAUCACAAGGCCAGGUGCUUGGGCACUAGCUAAGCACAGGCUAACUCUGGCUCUAAGAUAGUAACACGGAAGCACCAUACGUAUUACAGCUGAUCUCAGGAACUUACUGUAGCCUAGCUGCUGUUUGCUAAUGAUCCUAGUCAUCUUGUGUGUGAAAAGAUAUGUUUAAAGUUUCCCUGUUUUACCAUACUGAUACAAGUAUGAUACAGUACAAUAUUCAUUCACUCAUAAAACAAAGGAUUGUCAUUUAGGAUUUACAAUCAUGAUGUUAACCUCUGUAUAACAAAGUUACACUUCUGGAGCCCACAACUCACGGUGAUGUAGUCUAACCCCUAAUACAUGUUUUUGUUGUUUUGACAGUUGUAUUGUAAUGGUGUAAAACUUUUGUAUUGUAUGUUUGUAAAAUAAUAAUCUCACCUAUAUUAUAAUGAUAUUCAGUUGGCCUUUUUUUGGAAAGGAGAUGUUUGAGUGAGAAUUAAAGAGAAUGAAUAUGAAAUAAAUGGAGCAAAUAUUGGCUCCGUCCUCAGGAGAAUAUAGAAAAGUUUAGAACCAAGCACACAGAGCAUUUGCUUUACUUGAAACUGGUUACAUUGAAUUCCACAAAACCUCUUUGUUCAAGGCAGCCUUCUAAAAAGGCUGCACUUAUUUAUUUUAAGUUUGUCGUUUAACAUGUUUUCCAUUCAGAACCCAAAUUCAGUUCAUUGGUAACUAAUAUGACAUACUCUGGCCCAUGACUCUUUUAAACGCCAUAGCUUCUUGUCCUCUGUAUUUGAUCUCCCUUUGAACAAAACAUUCCUUCCUUUGCACAAAUUACUUAUUGAAAUAUAUUUAUAACCUUUUCACUCUGAACAGCUUUUUAAUGGUGCAAAUGUUAUACCACUGCUUUGAAUGUGUCAUCUUUGGCCAAAUAUUGACAAUUUACCCAGCCUUCAACGAGUCCUUGUUUAAUAAUAUGUAUUUCUAGUAACAUUUGAUGUAUUUUACAAGUGUAGUCAAGUAAAUUAAUAAAAAUGUUUUGCCUGGA